UGAGCGUUAUAGUCAUAACUUCCUGAAUUCGUGGGAGUGUGUCCUGAGGUUGCAACCUUGGGACUCGCAGACGAUGGAGAAGAAGUUCUUCAUCGUCACCAGACCGCAACCGAUAUCUGGGCGCAAGACCAUUGAGAAAGGCACCAUGGGGUGUGUGGAGAAGGAAAUGGAGGAGGAGGUUAUAUGCACGCUGAUUAACUACAGUUCAAAACUGGGGUGUAAGCUGAAGAAGGACAACCUCCAGCUGAUCAGCAGGCAUGAAGCCCAGCUGUUGAUCUCUACAGACUCCCUUGCGAAGCGACUGGAGCUCCUGCAGAAUUGGAAACUCUUCUCUGCGAUCAGUGCCCUGCAGGAGAAUGAUUUGGUGGUGGUGAGACACAAAAAUGAGGAGACGCCAGGCUUGGUGAAGCGACUGCUCGAGAAGGGGAAGAAGGGCAGCAACGGGUUGGAUGUUUUGAAACCCAUGGUGUUUGAGGUGGAAUUGCUACAGGAAGCUGAGCGCGGAUAUUUUCAAAGCAGAGGCUCUGCUUAUCCAGUAUUCAACGCAGGGGACAUACUUCAAGUUAGUCUGGAUGACAGGCGCAAACCAACCUUCAAGGCAGAUGAGUAUAAGGGAGCUCAGAAGCAGAGGGAUCUCGGGCGACAGAACUCUGACUCGCAUGAUGUGAGACGUCAAACCCCAGAGAGGCCCAGUCCCCACGCAGCGCUCAGCCCCACUGCUGCAGUGGAGAACGGGGGGCUGAAGCGGGUGGUGUCGGGGGGCUUUCCCCAAUCAGCAUUGCAGACUAAACCUUUGGAGCUGGGCUCUCUGACGGAGCUUCAGGCAAGCAACGGUGCCACCGUGCACGGAGUGGUCAGGUGGAUUGGAGUCCCAGAGGGCAAGACUGAAAACUGGGCUGGGGUCGAGCUGGAUUACGAACUGAAGGACUGUUUAGAUGGCCAGCUCGGGAGCCAGCGGUACUUCUACUGUGACAAGAACAAGGGCAUGUUUGUGAAGCUCAGGGACCUCAGACCAGACAGCAGGUUCCUCCCAGCACCGAACUACAAGGAACCCCCCUGCUACCCUGAGCCUCAGGCAGCAGCAGAGAGACGCUUUGAGGCGGAUAGCAGGAAUGAGGACGCCCCUCCCAUUCCCGAGUCUUCAGCUCUGCAGCUGCUGGAAGGGAGAAUGAAGGGGAUUCAAGGACACUACAACUCCUGCUACCUCGAUUCAGCACUCUUCAGCUUGUUCAGUUUCUCUCUGGCUCUUGACAGCGUGCUGCACUGUCCUGUUGUGUCUGAGGAGCUGAUCCAGAGCGUGCUGAGGAGGGACAUCGUGAACCAGUUGCGGAGACAGGGGUUUGUUCCAGCAGAGAACAUCAUGAAACUACGCCAGCUACUGGGCUGUGACUCCUUCACCUUCGAGGAGAAAGACCCGGAGGAGUUCCUCAGUGUCCUGCUGCACCAGGUCCUGUCUGUGGAUCCCCUGCUGAAGAUAAGGUCGAAUGAGAAGACUCAGGACUGCUACAGUUACCAGAUCAUCCUGGAGCGGGAGGAGGCGGUGAGCGUGCCCAGUGUUCAGUUGCUGCUGGAGCGGUCCUUUCUGUCAUGUGACCUCAAGUUCGAAGAGAUCCCAUCGUGCUUAAUAAUCCAGAUGCCCAGGUUCGGAAAGAAGUUCAAAAUGUUUCCUAAGAUCAUCCCUUCCACUGAGCUGGAUAUCACCGACCUGCUGUAUAACACCCCCCGAGAGUGCUUUAUCUGUGGAGCAUUGGCAGAACUAGAGUGUUACCAGUGUUUGAGAGACCCCAGACUCACGCCAGGGAUGAUCAAACAGUAUUGCCAGCUGUGUGACAAACAGGUCCACUCUCACAGGCAGCGGCAGGAUCACCAGCCCCGAGAGAUCUCCCUGCCCUGGGACUUCCCCGCCAGCACCCCCGUGCCCAGGCAGAAGAUGGAGCUCUUUGCUGUGCUGUGUAUUGAGACCAGUCACUACGUCUCCUUCGUUAAAUACGGACCAGGGAGAAAUUCCUGGCUCUUUUUCGACAGCAUGGCUGACCGUCGUGGAAAUGAAAACAUCCCUGAGAUUAAGGCUUGUCCACAAGUGGGAGAGUUCCUGUCCCAGUCAGAAAAAGGUCCUGUGGAUGUGGAGCUGGGAUGCGCGGACAUGUUUGUAAAGAGACUGCUGUGCGAUUCCUACAUGUUCAUGUACCAGUGUCCAGCGUUGUCUCUGUACAGAUAGCAUGGCUUCACAGCCUCAGUAGAACUUUAAACACAAAGGACACACCCUGUCUGUUUUUUGUUUUUUUUCACUGUUUAGUACUACAUUAAUUCGCAAUGCUGCAUCAAGGUCCCAGCAAUGGUUGAAAGCUUAUCAGAACUGCUUGGACUCUAGCCUAGCCCUCAGUCCUCAACCUUCGUGGUGGUUAUAUCAAUGUAUUGAGAUCAUUUAGAACAUGCUUAGAGGUUAGUGUAUCCUAACACUGAGCACAGUUUAAUGGUUGACAAUAAAGUUAAUUGAAUUAUAUGAGGUCUUAUGUGCUAGGAAUAAAUUUAGACUAGGGGCAAUCAUGGGGAUUAAAUUAGAUACAUCCCUUAUAAAAGUUUACAUAGUAAAAGCAUAGCAAAGUGUAAUAAAGCACAGUAAAGCACAGAAAGUUAUGGUAACUCAUAUUACAAGCCAUGGUAAAUGCAUAGUAUAACCAUAAGAAGGCAUGCAAAAAUACUAUGGUAACCUUUUAUAAGAAAUAAUCUGUACCCGACUUUAUAAAUAUUCUAAAAUGCUGAAGAAUGUAACUAAGUAUUACAUAUGUCUUGAUAUAUAACUAGGAUUCUAUAUUUUGAUUUGUUUGAUUUACACCAUCUCAUUCAACUUUGGAGGCUUUUUUUUUUUUUAUUGUUUGUAAAUCAAACCGUUUCUGCUGUUUAGAGUGGCAACCCCAUACAAGGGUUCCAAUUAAAAUGGAAUGACUUUACAGUAAAUGUAGAUCUUAGAAAAA